UAAAGGAACGGGUAGGGUUCGUAACAGUUACGGUGGCGCAGAUAUUUUACAAUGGAAGGCGAGCGUGGCGGACGUAGACAUGCGACGGGCUCAUGUCGAAACGCUUCAGCCUCUUUCUUACACGCAACUCUCACACGCUACUUCUCUCUCUAUUUAUCUUCUCUCUCCUCUCCUCCUAAACUUUCAUUUUCACUCACUCGGCGCCUUCCUCUGUUGAUGGGAAUUUGAUUCGUCUUGUUCAGUAUUGCUAUGGCAAUAUCAAUUGGAUUAUGCUCGAGGUCAUCUUUCGACUCUAUUGAAUUGCUGUUUUUUAAAUCAUUAAGUCACAGCAAUUUGUCGAAUAGACGAGUAUUUUUGCCUCUGGUUUCAAGUGAUAAUAGUAUCAGAAAGUGGAGGCCUAGAAUCAAGUGUUUGGCAUCGAGAGAAAAUUUUACUCGUGAAUUAGAAUCGGAGGAAAGUGAUGGUGUAAGUAGCUCAGACUCAGACGAUGAUGAUUUAAGCCAUGUGAUUAAGUUUAAGAUUUCGGACUUUAAUGUUCAUGAUCGUGUUAGCAUUGGCCUUGGGGAUAGGAAUGAUGAAAUUGUAUAUGAAGCUACAGUGAAGGAAGCUAGUAGUCCACUGUUCAAUAAGAAAGUUGUGCUUCGGCGACUGGUUAGCAAUCAGGCGCAGCGUAGGGGAAGAAGGGCAAUAGAGGUAUUGAAAAGACUGGCUCACCGUAGAGUAAUGUACCAUUCUUACUCGGUGCAAGUUCAUGGCUAUAUAUGUUCAUCCACAAAUGAUGACAGUGGUUCAUUUACUCUAGUACAUGGUUAUCAUGGCAAUUCUUCUUUGAGACAUUGGCUUCAACAAGCAGAUUGGCUACCAACUCUAGAAGCUACCCUCGUGUUGGAUGAGGAGUCUGUCAGGCGAGUCGGUGAUGAUACAGUGGGAGGACCGGCCGUUUCUCGACAAUUACGUCUUAUUCGAAUUUUAAUGCGAGAUCUGUUGAUUGGAGUGAAUUACUUACACAGCAAUGGACUUGCACAUACAGAAUUGAGACUCGAGAAGUUGCAUAUUAGCCCCAUUGAUAGACAUGUCAAAGUUGGAAUAUUGGGGAAUGCUGCCAACUUUAAUGAUUGCAUUCCGGAUGAUAACAAAUUGGAUAGCAACAUGGAUAGGCGAAAAAUGAUGAUUGCAUUUGACAUGAGAUGUCUUGGAUUUAUAAUGGCUAAAAUGGUUCUUAGAGACCUCAUGGAUCCAAUGAUUUUCGCCAAGUUCAAAGCAUUCCUCUCCAAGGGAAAUGAGCCUUCAUGCUUGCGAGAGUUUCUGAUGCAUAUUGUCAAUAGAAAUCCUUCUCCUGAAAAUGUAGGAUUUCAGAUACUGGAUAGAAACUGGGGUGCAGGUUGGAAUUUGCUCUCCUUACUUCUUGCUACCAAAUCUUCACAGAAAAUAAGUUGCUUAGAUGCUUUGAGGCAUCCAUUUCUGUGUGGACCAAGAUGGCGUGUAGACCCAACAAUGGACAUGAUCAGAUGGAGCCUGGGUUCAACUGCAGUUAGAAUCACUGAAGAAUACAUCUAUGGAAGGCAGCAGCGAAGAAGAAUCGCAUAUUUCAUUGAGCUGAUGGAGAUGUUGAAUCCUCAUUCAAAGCCAAGGAGUUGGCUGGAAAUGCUUCCUGGCAAAUGGCGACUUCUAUAUAGCACAGGCCGACAUAUAGGACUGACUUUUCGGCAACCUUCAACCAGAAUCCUUGUUGGUGAUGUGCACCUAAACAUAACUAAGCUAUCAAAGUUACAUGCAACCUUUUCUAUAAAAUCGGACAUUGGCUUCAAAGUGAUGCUUGGUCAAGAUUGGCCCCAUGAUAAAACUGGAGCAUCUGGUAAAUUGGAAAUUAACUCCCUUUCCAAGUUGAGAGCUGGGAGACGAUUAUACAUCAAGGAGGAAACUAGUACGAAAAUUAGUUCGGCCACUCCAGAUAUUAGGGAUUCCAUUCUGGAAAAACUGUCGAGCAAAAAGUGGAGAAAGACUAUUCCCAUAAAGGAAUUUCCAUCGAGUUUACCGGUCGCUAAACUUGUUCCUAGUGAUGUUAACAUUUCAAUGAGUCUAGACGAGCCGUUAACUAGAAAUGUUGCCACUGCACAGGAUGUCAUACGUGAAGUGAGAACGCAGGUGCCGCCUGAAAUAUUUGAUCUGUCGAAAAUAGUUUGUGGAACUUAUGUAGAUUCUAGAUUGCUUGUCCUGAGAAGUGUGGAUGGUUCUGCAUUGUUGUUCACGAGGUCCCUCGUGAAUGAAGAUGAUUGACAAAACUUGUAUCCCUUCGCAUAAUAUAUGUUCAUAGCUAGUUUGUUGAUAACUUGCCAUCGAGUAGUUUGUGGGCCCGCAUUUUUUUAAUUUCAAUUUGGGUUAAGUUA